GGUUAGGAAGGGAGCUGGGAGCUGCACAGCCACGCACCGAAGCAGGACCGGCCAGGCGAGCAGCCGGCGGCACGGGAGCUGCGCUCUUCUUCUUUUUUUUUUUUUUUCCCACCUUUCUCCAUCGCUCCAGACGGGUUGAUUUAAUUGUUGCUGGGUUUUGCCGCCUGACUUUUGCGUCGUUUUGAUCUGCCUUUCUGACACGCGCACGCUCCUCUUUUUUCCCUCUCUUUUCCUCCGCUGAAGGUUGUGCACAGACUUUUUUUUGGAAAGAGGGGGGGAAGAAGCCGGCGAGAGACCGAAAAGAGCACAAGAAAGUGGCAGCUGAGGGCUGUGAAAUCACCUCCCCUUUCCGGGGCUGUCUGUCAGAGCGAGAGUUGUACAUUAUUAUUACUGUUUUUCUUUCUCCAUCCAUCCAUCCACCCAUCCACAUACACGCGCACAGAGAGACGAGUGCAGGCAGCGAAACUCACCGAGACCAGCCAUGGUAGCGAGGGCUCAGCCUGAUCGGAAACAAUUACCACUGGUCCUACUGAGAUUGCUCUGCCUUCUCCCCACAGGGCUGCCAGUCCGCAGCGUGGAUUUUACCCGCGGCACCGAUAACAUCACCGUGAGGCAGGGGGACACAGCCAUCCUCAGGUGUUAUGUAGAAGACAGAAGCUCCAAGGUGGCCUGGUUAAACCGUUCUGGCAUCAUUUUUGCUGGAGAGGACAAGUGGUCCCUGGACCCUCGAGUAGAGCUUGAGAAGAGAAACCCACUGGAAUACAGCCUGCGGAUCCAGAAAGUGGAUGUCUAUGAUGAGGGGUCCUAUACGUGUUCAGUGCAGACGCAGCAUCACCCCAAGACUUCCCAGGUUUACUUGAUUGUGCAAGUUCCACCAAAGAUCUCCAAUAUCUCCUCGGACAUCACCGUGAAUGAAGGCAGCAAUGUGACCCUGGUUUGCAUGGCAAAUGGGCGUCCAGAGCCUGUGAUCACCUGGAGGCACCUCACCCCAACAGGAAGGGAGUUUGAAGGUGAGGAGGAGUACCUGGAGAUCUUGGGGAUCACACGAGAGCAGUCGGGCAAGUAUGAGUGCAAAGCUGCCAACGAGGUCGCUUCAGCAGAUGUCAAGCAAGUCCGGGUCACUGUGAACUACCCUCCCACCAUCACAGAGUCCAAGAGCAAUGAGGCAGCCACGGGACGACAAGCCUUACUCCGCUGCGAGGCAUCAGCAGUGCCCACGCCUGAUUUUGAGUGGUACAGGGAUGACACCAGGAUAAACAGUGCCAAUGGUCUGGAGAUAAAGAGCACGGGGAGCCAGUCUCUGCUGAUGGUGGCUAACGUCACUGAGGAGCACUAUGGGAACUACACCUGUGUGGCUGCCAACAAGCUGGGAGUCACAAAUGCCAGCCUAUACCUUUACAAACGAGUUUUACCCACACUCCCCAAUCCUUUUCCAGGACCCGGCACGGGGAGAGUAGACAAUGGCUCCGUGAGCUUGGCCGUCCCACUGUGGCUGUUGGCAGCAUCCCUGCUUUGCCUACUCAGCAAGUGUUAAUACAAAUCAAAAUUAAAAAUAAUAAUAAUAAUAAUAAUAAUAAUAAUAAACCAACACGACAACAACAACAACGACAACACACAAAACAAAACGCAUUAUACAGGAGACAGAGCGAAGAGAGGGGAGAGAGAAAAAAGAGGGGGAGAGAAGAAGUGAGAGGACCGUUUCAAUCACAACAACUUCUGCCUGUUCAGGAGCAAAGAGGGGGGAGAGGAAAAAUCACAGCAGGACCACUCAGCAACGCUUACAUGAUUUCCGACUGCCGGCCGUCACAGCACCGACCUCACAAGGAGAGGGGCAAACGGGGCACCCGCAGGGCCCAUGGAGCCACAGGAUGCUGCGCUUCAUCCACAUCGAUGACACCGAGCUGAGCAAAAAGAAGAUCCCUUUUCUUUUCUCUCCUCCUUGCUGUUUUCCAUACUCCUCACCUGCCUUCCUCCCUCCCUCCUCUUUCUUUCUUGCGCAGAAACAGGUCUUUGCUUCAGUGUCUAUAGCCACUUAACUUUUUGGAUGCCCUUGGUCAUUUUUGUGAGCCGAUGCUCAGGCACUUCAUACUUUUGGGAAGAAAAAAAAAAAAAAAGGAAAAAAAAAUAAUGAACAGAGGAAGUUA